CGCCGAGCACCGCCCCGCGGCGCCGCAUGGGCGAGCGGCGGGCGGCGAAGGGGGGGCGGCAGCCGCCGCCGCUGAGCCCGGCCCGCAGCAGCCUCCGCGCCGCGGCAUGUCGGCGCCCGGCGCGCAGAGCCGCAGCCGGCGGCUGCCCGCCAACAUGGAGCAGGGGCAGCACAGCCUGGAUGCGGAGCAGAUGCAGCAGCAGCUCAAACUGCGGGACCGGCAGAAGUUCUUUGAGGAGGUUUUCCAGCACGACGUGGAUUUCUUCUUUCCAAUGUCUCACCUGCAGAUAGAGCAUCGGAGACCUCCCUUAGGCAGCAUUUCCUCCAUGGAGGUGAAUGUGGACAUGCUGGAGCAGAUGGACAUGAUGGACCUGUCAGACCAGGACACUGUGGACGUGUUUCUUGGCUGUGGGACAGAGGACAGCAGCAUUGCUGGGCCCCUGCCAGAUGCCAGCCAGCGCCCGGAGGAAAUCACCCUGCGAGUGCCCAACGCAGCCGAGGCCAAGUCGCGCGUUUCCUCCACGUCCUCUGUCUCCACGGACCCGAACAGCCUGGACCCCAGCGAGGAGGGGGCCGAGACCCCGGUGGCGCAGUCGGACGAGGAGGACCUGCAGGAGGACAGUCCUAAAGAGCAGGCGGCGACAAGCUAGCGGCCGCCAAGGCCCUGCUCCCGGCCGCCUCCGCGCGGACCUGCCCGGGCGGGCACGGGGCAGCCGCUGGCUCCCACUCCCGCGGCAAACCCCACCCCGGCCUGCUGCCCCGCCGGGGCGGGCAGCGGCCCCCGCCACCCUCCCGCCUUCUCCGGGCGGCCGGGGAGAGCGGAGGGGGCACCGGCGGCUCCCGGUUAACGCCGCAGGCUUUGCUGCUGACACCCCGCUUCGCCCGCCCCAAGCGCUCGGCCCCCGCUCCGCUCCGGGGCUGCCUGCCCGCACCACCUCCCCCGCCCCGGGCACGGGCACGGGCGUCCGGCGGCAGCGCCGAGAAAUAACACCGAUGUCUGAA